AAUAAUGAAAGUAGACAUCUGCAGUCAAAUGCAAGUUUAAAAAGUUGAGCUUUAAAAAUCCCAAAGGUCUGAGCUUCCCUGAGUUCAGGAGGAAGAGAGUUCCAAAUGGAAGGAGCGUAAACAGAAAAAGUCCCGUCACCCAUAGAUUUUAAGCGUGUUUGUGGAACAGUUAACAGAUCACACUGUGAGGAGCGCAGUCUGCGAUUUGGGGUGUAAGGAAUGAAUAAAGCAGAUAAAUAAUAAGGAGCCAAGCCAUGUAACGCCUUGUAUGUCAGCAGCAUAAUUUUUAAAUCGACACGGAACCUGACCUGACCGGGAGCCAGCGCAAGGACUGCGGAGCAGGACUAAUACGAUUGUAUUUCCUGGUUCCAGUCAGGAUCCUGGUGGCAGAGUUUUGUACAUAUUGCAGUUUAUUGAUUGUGGAUUUAGACACUCCGGCUAAAACGGCGUUACAGUAAUCUAUACGAGUGACUACAAAUGAGUUAAUCGGCUUUUCAGCUACAGAGAGAGUUUAGCAUAGGGCGCAGUCUUGGUAUAUUCCUGAGGUGAGAAAAGGAUGCUUUAACAGUGCUCCGAACAAAAGAAUCAAAUGUAAGACUAGUAUCGGAAAUUACUCCCAAGGUUCGGAGCCGUCAACAAAUAGAGACAGUGGACCCGCUUUGAGAAUUUAACAAAGUACUAAUGUUGUUAAUCUGUGGUGUGCGUUUACUUUUCUUAAGCGUAUAUAUAUUUUUUAUGAUUUAUGCUUAUGAAUACAUACUUUUUUUGUUCACAUUGAUAAGUACAAAGUUGGAAGACAUUAUUGUGUAAAUGUGAAGUGCAUAUGGAAACACUGGAAGCGUAUUAAAUAACCAAAACAAACGUGUCGGAUUACUCAUUUCCCUGCACUGUAUAUUGUGACGCCACUAGCAAGCAGUCCAAUGUCAGUGAAACACCGGCUAGGCAAUGUGGAUAGGGGGUUACUGUAGAUAGGCUAGAUGUGGGACUUCAGACGUAGAAAAGGGGUUGUAUGUUUUGUUUUUAAUUUCUGCCUAGAUUUGGAGUGCACAUCCAGAAAUACAAACAUUACAAAACGGGGGGAAAAUGUAUGUCUAUGCAGAAAAACAAAUUAAUAAUAAUUUGAGGCGUGGAUAGAGUUAAGGAUAUUUUAUAGAUGGAAGCUGGGCUGUUUUGAGCCACAUCUGUGAGAUGAUUGGCAGUGUUUCCAUAAACAGUUUGGAUGUCAUUCAUCCAAAACUUUAAAAGAGACAAAUCCUACUAAAGGAGAUCUUGUACCUCUGUUUUCACACCUAGUCUAUGGUCAUAUGCCAACACAUACUCUCUUCUUCCCCAUCACAGGAUUGAACUCUGAGACAAGUCUAGCUUUGCAGUAGAGGAUGAAGAAGAAGAAACAUCGGAAGCUGUUUUUAGUGGGGGUAGUAACCUGGGUACUGCUCUCGUUCAUUUUGUUCUGCCAGAACACAGACUCCAACUUGAUCGUCUUCUGCACUUUUGUACUCUCACCUUUCACCCGAGGCAGCAUGAGGCUCAUCGAUGCCCCCCAUGUGGAAAACAGUGCCGGCACUGAACAACUGAAAGAGGCUAUCUUACCUACAGUAAGCAGCAGUAUGCAGCAGGAUUUAGAGGAGUCCUGGGCAGAUAAAGUGAUUAGUGGACUAUGGAUGGGCUUGGCAUCUUCUGACAUGCUGAGUUCAUAUCUUCAGAAAGCCAAGAAGGACUAUAUUGCUAUCAACCUAUACAGGGUGACCUACACAGGACACGGGACAAAGCAGAAGGACAAAAAGAAGCUCCUGUGCCAGCUGAAGCAGCAGAAACCACUCAAGACACUGACAGGGUAUGAGGAGCCCUUUGCGAGCCUGGGAUGGCAGAAGCUGGUGCCUCAGCAACCUCUGGAGCAGGCAAUUAGUGGUCCCUACAGAACAUGUGCUGUAGUUUCCUCAGCUGGUGCCAUUCUCAACUCAUCCCUGGGUAGGGAGAUUGAUUCUCAUGAUGCAGUGCUUCGGUUCAACGCUGCUCCAACGGAGGGCUAUGAGAAUGAUGUGGGCAGCAAGACCACCAUCCGCAUCAUCAACUCACAGAUUAUGGCUGAUCCACAGCAUAGGUUUGCUGACAGUCACCUUUAUAAGAAUGUUACACUUGUGGCAUGGGACCCUGGUCCAUAUUCUGGCAACCUCGAAGCGUGGUACAAGAACCCAGAUUAUGACCUGUUCACGGCAUAUGUUGAACGCAGGAAGAGAUCUCCAUCACAGCCCUUCUACAUCCUGCAUCCAGACUUCCUUUGGAACCUGUGGGACAUACUUCAGAGCAAUACAGAAGAGAACGUCCAUCCAAAUCCACCCUCGUCAGGGUUUAUAGGCAUCAUUCUGAUGAUGAGCAUUUGCGAGAAUCUUGAUAUCUACGAGUUCAUCCCGUCCAAAAGACACACGACUCUGUGCCACUACUACGAGAAGUACCAUGACUUUGCCUGCACACUGGGAGCGUAUCACCCGCUGUUUUAUGAGAAGCUCUUCAUCAGAAGAAUGACCAAGGUCUCUUUGGACGAACUUAUGACAAAGGGCAAGGUCACUCUUCCGGGGUUCAGUCAGAUCACCUGCUCCGGACAACAAGCGUAAUCAAGACGUCAGCAUAAACUCAGAUCUCAUUUAAAAACCACCCAAACAGAAAUUACCAAAUUGAAAUAUGAAAUGACUCAGAAGCCAUAACAGUAUAUUAGUAAUAUAGAGAAACCGGGUGGAAAGUACUUGAGUAUUAUUUUAAAUUGAACACUUGUACUCUUAAUUACAUUUCCAAGAAUUUUUUUUUAUUAUUAUUUAGAUCUUCAAAGUGCUUAUUACAAAUCACGAAGGUUUCUUCUUCUCAUCCAGGCAAAGACUGUACGCUAUGUAUCAGUCGAGUGCGCUCAGUUUAGCAUCCAAUCAUUUAUUUCAGUUUAGAAUCCAAUCAUUUAUGUUUAGCGUCCAAUCAUCUCAGUUUAGAAUCCAAUCAUCUCAGUUUAGCAUCCAAUCAUCUCAGUUUAGCAUCCAAUCAUUUGGGGGGGGCUCCAACGAACUCGGCGGGAGGAUAUGCAAGUGAAUGUAACGUUAAUGGUCAAAAACUGGACCUGACGUUAGCCUAGCCUACUUCAUGGGUGUGCAGAUAUCACCAGUUAAUUGACGUUCUUAAGAACAAACCAAGCCACGGUAUGAUGCCUUCUAUACUAAGCUAAGGUCACCUACUAUUUAGGUAUCUAGUUACUGACUGUCUGAAUAAAAAGCUCGUAUGUUGUGCUGCACUUUUCUACGCUUGGCUGCUGUCUCCAUUUCUUACAGACUGAGCUGCUCAAAUAGAUCAACCAACUUGCGUUGAGUAUGGACGCAA